CAGAAACAGAGCAGAGCAAGGGAGCAGAGGUGAUCUCACACUCAUCAGCACAGGAUAACACAACCAUGAUGGGUUGACUUGGGGGGGGUGGGGGGGAGAGUCGGUUGGAGAGAGGAAGUGUGCAUUCGCCACCACUUGCUCAGCCAUGGAGACCAACCAAGUUCUACAUUUCGUCCCUUUGGCAGAGGCACCUCCCUCUGGGAUGUCCAAGAAUGGAUACUUCUUUCAGGAAAUGGAGCAGCGGGAGGUGGAGCCGGAGGAGGGCAGCGAGGGCCAGGAGGAGGGACAGGACUCGCCGAUCGCCUGCGGAGAUGACAUCCACCUCUACGACAACCAGAUCAGCCCUGGGCCAGACGCUGACGACUCUGGCUGUGUGCUGCUGAACACAUCAAGAAAGUAUGUGAAGCUGAUGAACUUUGAGGAGGAGAUCCGGGCUCACAGGGACCUGGACGGCUUCCUGGCGCGGGCCACCAUCCUGCUGGACGAGACCGCCGCCUCGCUGGACGACGUUCUGAAGAGGAUGCUGCACCACGUGGGCCAGGACAGCAACGCAUCGGAGCCCAGCUGCAACUUCGAGGAGGUGAUGAGCAUGCUGUUCACUGACGCCGGAGCGCAGGAGGUCAACGACAAGUCUCAAAGUUUCGUUUUCUUUGAUGACGUGCACCUGCUGUCAGAGACGAUCCAGGGAGCUACGGCCACCGCCACCGGCAUCCAGUACCAGCAGUCCUGGCUCUGCAUCCUCUGCAACGUGAAGCAUCUCCAGAGGCGUCACGUGUGUAUCUCCCGCCUGGAGAGGCCGCAAAACUGGGGGGAGAACUGCUGCGAGGUCCGCUAUGUCAUCCUGAUCCUCGCGCCGUCCAAAAUGAAAAGCACCAAGACAGCGAUGGAGUUUGGCAGGACGUUCGCCACGCUCUUCUCCGACAUCACCUUCAGGCAGAAGUUGCUGGAGACGAAGACCCAGGAGGAGUUUAAGGAGGCGCUGGUGUUCCAGAUGCACCAGCUGACGGCUACCCUGCAGCAGCCCACCGCCCUGGGGAAGGAAGAGACGGACCCCCGCAGUCACAAGCCCCUCAAGUGUAAAGACUUCUUAAGAGCCGGCCGGGGGAUUUACGAGGACCUGUGCCGCCGCCUGCCUUUCUACCCUUCUGACUUCACAGAUGGUAUAGUCGGCAGUAAUAAAACUCUACUGAAGUACAUGACCACGGCCAUCUUCCUCUACAUCGCCAUCCUCCUCCCCGCCAUCGCCUUCGGAUCCCUCAACGACGAGAGCACGCGUGGGGAGAUAGAUGUUCGGAAGACCAUCAUCGGCCAAAGCAUCGGUGGGGUCAUCUACUCGUUGUUCGCCGGCUCUCCUCUAGUCGUGCCCCUCACCACAGCUCCCCUCGCCAUCUUCAUCAGCGUGAUUCGAGGAAUCUGUGACGACUACAACCUGGAUUUCCCCGCUUUCUACGCCUGCAUCGGUUUGUGGAACUGCCUGUUCCUCAUCCUGGGAGGCAUCUUCAACGUCAGUCUGCUCAUGAAGCUCUUUAAAAGGUCUACAGAGGAGGUCAUUGCGCUGUUCAUUUCCAUUGCAUUUGUGGUGGAUGCGGUGAAAGGCACGGUCAAAAUCUUUCACAGGUACUACCACCCACCGACGCUGAGCAACACAAGCGCAGAGAUCCUCCCUCAGGCUGGAAAUCUGCUCGGGGGAAACAGGAGCGAGGUGGCGGCGGGAUUCGCGCUGAACGCCCUCCCUGAAUCCGUCAUCCAUUGCACCCGAGAGAGGCCGCUCCUCUGCCUCCUGCUGAUGCUCGGGACGUUAUGGAUGGGCUACACCCUUUACCAGUUCAAAAGGAGCCCGUUCCUGCAUGCCAAAGUGAGGGAGGUGAUGUCGGACUGCGCUCUGCCGAUCUCAGUGCUCAUGUUCUCCUUCAUCGGCUCCUACAUUUUCAGUGACAUUGAUCUUCCAGUUUUUAAAGUUCAUGACCGGCCCGUCUUCAAGGUGGCUCCCUUUGAGCGUCUGUCGGCCCUGAACGUGGUCAGCGCCAUGGGCCUGGGCUUCCUCCUGGCACUCCUCAUCUUCAUCGACCAGAACAUCGUCGUCUCGCUGACCAAUGCGCCAGAGAACAGGUUGCUGAAGGGCACGGCGUAUCACUGGGACCUGAUGCUCUCUGGGCUCAUUAACAUCCUGAUGUCUGUGCUGGGGUUGCCCUGGAUGCACGCCGCCUUCCCCCACUCCACCCUCCAUGUGCGCCAGCUGGCGUUCGUGGAGCAGCGCGUGGAGGGGGGGCACCUCUACGAGACUAUCGUCCAGGUGAAGGAGACGCGGCUGACGUCUCUGACGGCCAACAUCUUCAUCGGUGUGUCGGUGCUGCUGCUGCCCCUCCCGCUGCAGUGGAUCCCCAAACCCGUCCUGUACGGCCUCUUCCUCUACAUCGCCCUCACCUCCAUCGACGGAAACCAGAUGUGCGACCGCAUGGCUCUCCUCCUCAAGGAGCAGACGUCCUACCCUCCGACCCACUACAUCCGCAAAGUGCCCCAGAGGAAGAUCCACUACUUCACCUUCCUGCAGAUGAUGCAGCUGCUGAUCCUCUGCACGUUCGGCAUGUACCCCAUACCGUACAUGAAGAUGAUCUUCCCUCUGCUCAUGAUCAUGCUGAUUCCAAUCAGGAACAACGUGCUUCCUCAUAUCAUUGAGGCCAAAUACUUGGACAUAAUGGAUGCCCAACACAUGUAGCGACAGAUGGAGACAAGUUCUGGAUCCACAAGAAAAACCAUCUGGAAUUUGAAAAAAGAAAAAAAUACAAAUAAGGAUUUAAAAAUAUUUUUCAAUGCAAACUGUUUGGAAGCAAAAAAGAGCGAUACCGACUGUUUUGAUUUUUGUAUCUGAUAAGAACAUUCUUGCAGGUGAAGCACUGGAAAAUGUGGGCAGUGAUGCGAGAGAGAGAGAGAUGAGGAGCUCUGGGAAUUAUUUCCAAAUGUGGACAGACAGCAUCUCUCUGGGAAAGUUCUGCCGAAAAAACCAGAAAGUCCGGAACCCUGUUUCACCUCUGUUUGACCCUGUCAGCUUGUCAGUGCCAUAUACCUCCAUGUUCCUCCACAUUUUACCCUUACUGGAGUGUAUCCAUCUGUGUGUUAAGCUAUGGGUUAGUGCUUCAAGUACUCACUAAUACUGUGUAAGUAAUAAACAUUCUGCCAUUAUAGAGAUGUGUACUGGCACAAUGUAAGCAUGAACACCCGCUUUGUGUUUUUACACGUCAUUAUACAUGCUUACACUGCGUUGCUUAGUACUGAAAUACUUUCCUGUGGUUGAAGUAACACUGCAUUCAAACCACUGCAAAGUAAAUGUGUACCUUUUGUAAUUCUGUCUUUGUGCAGUGUGAAAACCGUUACAUUCCUACACCUUUUAGCUGUGAUCCCCCCCUUUUUACUAUGAAAGACACUUGUGCUUAUUAGUUUCUAAGUCAUUCCAAGAAAAAUCCGCAUUCAUUAAGGAGGAAAUAGGAGUGUGUGUGUGUGUGUGUGUGUGUGUGUGUGUGUGUGUGUGUGUGUGUGUGUGUGUGUGUGUGUGUGUGUGUGUGUGUGUGUGUGUGUGUGUGUGUGUGUGUGUGUGUGUGUGUGUGUGUGUGUGUGCUAUAGACACACUACUAAGCUACUUGAUCCGUCUUCUUACCACGUAUUUCAGAAACCUCAUUUCUAAAGCUGCAUUCACAUGAUUCGCGAUUUGCUCUUUGCCUUGCUAAAAACAACAAGUUAGUUUAGUUGUUAUUGUUACGGGACCUGCUAGCUUGUACCACCACCUACAGCUGUCAUCUGGUUUCGUGUCGAACGGUCGGCGGUAAAUGAAAUAAAAGCUCAGCCACAAUUUCGAGCGAUGUCCGGCGAUAAGUUCGAGCGAUGUUCGACGAAAGUUCGAGCGAUGUUCGACGAAAGUUCGAGCGAUGUUCGACGAAAGCUCGAGCGAUGUUUGACGCAUCGGUGACGCGCUUCCGCCUAGUCGGCCAGCACCGCACUCUCCAUAGAAACAUAACAGCGACGCAAGUGCAAAACACGCUCAUGUGUAGGGCCCCUUAUCGCGUAUCAUGUGAAUGCAGCUUUAGGUGGAAUUACUCAACUGAAUAAAAAAAAAUUAAAAAAAUUCCACAGCUAUAUAUUAUAUUAUAUUAUAUAUAUAUAUUUAGAACAACAGCACAAACCAAAUCAUAUUGUGAAAUCUUUAUCAAAUUAUGAAUAUAUUAGAAUAUAUUAUGGCAAUAUACAACAAAAAGUAUUUUAGGUUAAAUUCAAAUAGAAAUAUUUAUUUAUCAUUAUCUUUUAAAAUAAUGAGAAUUGUGUGUGUUUAAGCUGAAAUGGAAAGUAGUUUGUAAUCUUCUGUUUGCUCCUUCACAUUCCUGAUCCACAGUUACUGAUUGUUGAAUUUUAGCGUCUUGUCUUACAUCAGGCUGUGCCGCAGUGUUUACAUAUCAAAGUCAUUCCAGCUCCAUGUCAAAGUCCAACACCAUUCUGGUGCAUUGGUAAUAAAGAUGAAAGGCAGGUAAAGGUAAAAAAAGAAAAAAAAACAAGAUAAAAAAAACCCUUAAAAAAAAAACUAUUUGUGAGCUUUGGAUUCAACAAAGUGCAUCCUAUUUUAGUUUUAUUUUGUGAACCAGUGUUCAAAGAUGAGUUUUAGAAUAAUCUGGUCUUGUUUUCUAUUUAGAUGUUAUGAUUAGAUCAAUGCUUGCAAACGUUGUCAUGUAAAAAAUCCAGACAUCUGGAAAGAAUAUCUUGUUAUCUACAGUACAAAAAAAAUAAAGACAAAAAAGACCAUUUAUUUUAGCAGGCACUGUUUUGCUUAAAGCAUGUCUAAUCUGGGUUUUUGAUACGAUGUAAUGCCAAUAGACAUGUAUCCAAAAGAGUAGCAAAUCAAACAGUAACUUCUCAAUAAACCGAAUGCAACGCUCAAUAUUCAGCAAUACUGUGUAUAAAAACUGGUGAGAUUCAUGUUUCACAGCGAAAGUUGUGAAACAAAAGCCAACAGUUGCAUUUUUAAGACAUUUUAGUUCAGCUAUAAUAAAAUUGCUCUGUGCUGAUUCUAUUAUUGCACACAUCAAGGAGAAAAAACUAAUGUUUGCCCGUGAACAAAGCAUUCACAACGCUGGAUUUUAUUACCGUUUACUUGCUUUCCCAAAGUCCAAAUGGCAGCUCCCUCAUGCAUACUGUUUAACUUUGUCUUACAGAUGUGAGAAAGAUGUCCAAUUUAAGCAGAUGUCUCAUGCCGAGAUAGCAAGACAUGAAAUGAAAGCUCAGAAGCAUUUGCAUAAUCCUUUGGAUUAAGGCUUAAAACAGCACUGGCGAGAGAGAUGUGAGGUAUGAAGUAAUAUGUACAGUUUGCAAUGCAAAGUCUAGUUUUUAUCAAGUAUCCAUUAUAAUCCACGGCAAGGUAUUAGUUUCUAACUUUGGACAGAGUACAGAGAUUUAACCAUUCUUCUUAAGUGACGGUAUUGUUGUUGUUCCUUGAUAUCUUCUCCGUGCUGAUGAUUUUGGAAUAGCAGCAAACUUCUCUCAGAGGACCUAACAUCAGAUUCAGAGCGAUAUUCAGAUUCAGCGGUUUGUGAAACCUUGACUCCCCUCCUCCUGAUUGGAUUUGUUUGAAAUUGCGUACUGUGGUGUUUUGGUUUUUCUUUCUUUUCCUGAUUUCAUAUAGCCUACUUUUUCUAAUCAUGAAUGUAAGAUGUUUGGGUUUUUAUAUAGCAUACUAAUUUAGGUGUCGAACAGAAACUGUAAUUUUGUCAAAAAGAUCAGCUAUAUUUGUAAGCUGUAAUAUGUAAAAAUGAGAAAAAAAUGGUUAUAAAACAGAAUGUGUUGGUUUAUUAUAGUAUAUAAUUACUGUACACUGAAAAAGAGAAACUAUCUCAAGCUGUUUGCCAAAUAAAAAGUAGUAGUGAUGUAAAUGUU